AAUCUGGAAGAUAAUAUAGCAGCCGUCCGAUUCGAUUUCGAUUUCGAUUCCGAUCAUGGUGAUGAAAGCAUGGAUGGUGGCGGAAAAAGGGAGAAGGAUCGUACGGACGGCGUUCUUCAUGGUGGCGAUGUUGGCUUCGCUUCUAGCUUCGUCUCUGCCGCUGCUGGUGGCGAUAGGCGACAUCAUGGUCCCUUUCCUUUUACUCUCAAGCUUCACGUGCGUGACGUGCUACGGUUUCAACCAACACUUUCGUCGUUACGCUUUCAAAAACUCCUUAACCGAUAUCCCUCUCGUAUCCAUCCUCAGAUCUAUCAUCAUCACCUGUGUAUAUUCGAUGUGUGAUGGUCCAGCAUUAUCCCAUGGACCUUACUUAGGAACGGUUACUUUAUGUUCAUUCGCUUCGAUUCUUCUACUUUCGGUUAAAGCGUGUGUGUUUACGGUGAAUUCUCAAAUAGAGGAAGAGGCAUCGCCGGGUUCUUCCCUGGCAAGGCAAAGGCUUCACUUAAAGAAAUCAUGGGGGAUGCCUGUUUUGUUUCUUUCGUCAGUAGUUUUUGCGCUUGGUCACACUGUAGUUGCUUAUAGAACAAGUUGUAGAGCAAGGAGGAAGCUUUUGUUUCAUCGAGUUGACCCUGAAGCAGUUCUUUCAUGCAAAAAUGUUUUCUCUGGCUUCCAGAAGGUUCCACGAUCUCCCACUCCCUCUGCAGGGAAAACUCCAAAAAGUGAUAGUGAAACAAGGCGAAAGCCAUUUGGGCAAUCUCGUGAUGAAGGAGAGCUCCCUGUCAGGUUACUUGCUGACAUGGAUAGCUUAUUCAUUACAUUGCAAGGGCUUAGCAUUCAUUACAAGCUAUGCUUUCCUGGUUCACCCCCGAGGUCUUUGUCAUCUACCACCUUUCUAGAACCUAAUCUUUGUAGCACACCACAAGUGGCUCCCGGAAAGUUAAAGCUUGAUAGGCAAGCGCUAAGUGUGUUGCCGAAAACACAAUAUCACCAUCUUCACAGGAGCUAUAGCAAUCAAUUUCACAGCUCUUCUCUUUAUGCUCCACUGUUGGAUGGUUCCCCAACCUCUCCUGUUCUUUCUAAAGAUAUUCCUGUUUUGAGUCUUGAGGAUACAGUUGCAAAGGUUGAGAUGAGUCAUUUGAACUCUGGGACUCUAGAGCAAGACAUAGAAGCAAAUGGCCAGUUUGGUAUUGUCUUAGUGCAUGGGUUUGGAGGGGGAGUCUUUUCUUGGAGGCAUGUAAUGGGAGUUCUUGCUCGCCAGGUUGGUUGUGCAGUGGCUGCUUUUGAUCGGCCUGGUUGGGGAUUGACUUCUAGGCCAAGCCGGAAAGACUGGGAGGGAAAAGAGUUGCCCAAUCCUUACAAGCUUGAAACUCAGGUUGACUUGCUUCUUUCCUUUUGCUCUGAGAUGGGGUUUUCUUCAGUGGUGUUUGUUGGUCAUGAUGAUGGAGGCCUGCUUGCUUUGAAGGCAGUACAAAAAGUUCAAGCCUCGAUGAAUUCUUUUAAUAUUACAAUCAAAGCAGUGGUAUUGCUAAGUGUUAGCUUGUCAAGAGAAGUUGUCCCUGCCUUUGCAAGCAUACUCUUGCGCACUUCACUUGGGAAGAAGCACUUGGUUCGUCCACUUCUGCGAACAGAAAUUACACAAGUGGUGAAUCGACGUGCAUGGUAUGAUGCAACCAAGUUAACAACAGAAGUAUUGAGCCUCUAUAAGGCCCCACUAUGUGUUGAGGGUUGGGAUGAAGCACUUCAUGAGAUAGGCAGGUUGUCAUAUGAAACAAUACUCUCACCACAAAAUGCAACAUCACUGCUGAAAGCAGUUGAAGAGAUGCCAAUAUUGGUCAUUGCUGGUGCAGAAGAUGCCCUUAUAUCUCUUAAAUCUUCCCAGGCCAUGGCUUCAAAACUUGUAAAUUCUAGACUGGUCGCAAUAUCUGGGUGUGGCCAUCUUCCGCAUGAGGAAUGCCCCAAGGCUUUACUUGCAGCUAUUUCACCUUUCAUAAGCAGAUUGCUACCCAAACCAGAAUUGCAUAGGCAAUAGGACACUUCUUUUUAACUUACAUAAAUAGGGUUCUUAUCUCUUGUAGGGCUUUCUAUCUUUAUUUUUCCUUCCCCUUUUUUCUCCUUUCAAGCAGUUUUCCCCGAAAUGAAGAUAUAAAUUCAACCUCUUCUUUUGGGUAAUUUUGAUGUGUUCUGAGCCUUACCCUAACCCUAAUUCUCUGGGGUGUUUGUAGAGCUCUCACCUGUUUUUUUUUUUAUUUUCAUCUGAUUUUUGUUUGUCAAGGCUUAAAUUACUGAUGCUUGUUUCAACAGUUCUUGUUAUUUGCCACUUAAAAGGAGUGGAAAAUGGCAUAUAAUUGUACAUUUAUCAAAUUAGCAAAGAAUGCAUUUGAGCAUUUUGUCAAAA